CUGCCAGCUAUAGCAAGAGGUAUCUAAGGAGGGACAGGAGGAGUCUGGAAGUCUCUUUUCACAGCCAGUAGCAGCUCAACGUGGGCUGUUGCUUAAAAUCUCUCACCCCCCACCCCUUCUCUCUUUUGAUUUUUUUUCCCCUUCCAAAAAACCAACCUUGCUGCUGCUGCUGCUGCUUUCGCUGCCACUGCAUGAAAGGAACCUGACGUACCAAUAAUUUUGAUUUCUUCUUGGGAGGUUAAUAAACCAGGGGGAGGGAAAAAAGAUCUAUCCACAAAACAAAAGCAGGAAAUCUCAUCUGGAGGCUGUGAAGGGGAUCUACAAGGGAUCGCCGGACGUUGUAACCUCUUUCUUAACACACAAGAAUCCUUAUUGCUCUGUUAGGUGUAUGGGACUUAACUUCUUGAAGCACUGAAUUUGUUGAAGGACCCUGCUAACCUCUAGUCUGAAGCAGCUAGCCCUGGGGACUUAAUGGAGAUUCAAACCUGCUGACUUCUAGUUCCAGGAAAACAAUGACCACUUUUCUACUAGCCUUUGUGUGUUUGCGAAUCAUCACUGCAGCUGUCGCUGUGGAAGUCUUAGCAGAUCAUGGUGCCACACUGAGUGUGAGCAUACCUUUACGCUCCCCCCUGCGCGUUCCCCUGGGAAACACCCUGACCAUCCCCUGUUACUACAUUGACACAUUGGAACACGUCACCACAUCUCCGUUCACCCCGCCUCUGACUCCGCGGAUCAAAUGGAGCAAGCUGUCGGGCGGCAAAGAAGUUGUCUUGCUGGUGGCCAUGGAUGGACACGUGAGAAUCAACACUGCAUACCAGGAGGUGGUCUCUUUGCCCAAUUACCCUGCCAUACCCACUGAUGCCACGCUGGAAAUCAAGACACUUCGCUCCAACGAUACCGGGAUCUAUCGCUGCGAGGUGAUACAUGGCAUUGAGGAUAGCCAGGACACAGUAGAGGUGAAGGUAAAAGGCAUCGUGUUCCAUUACAGAGCCAUCUCCACCCGGUACACUUUGGACUUUGAGAAGGCCAAGCAGGCCUGCAUCCAGAACAGUGCUGUCAUUGCAACUCCAGAACAGCUCCAGGCUGCCUACGACGAUGGGUUUGACCAGUGUGAUGCUGGAUGGUUGGCUGAUCAGACAGUCAGGUACCCAAUGCACCAUCCCCGGGAAGGUUGUUAUGGUGACAAGGAUGAGUUUCCUGGAGUGAGAACAUACGGUGUUCGUGAGACGGAUGAGACAUACGAUGUCUAUUGUUAUGCAGAAGAAAUGGAAGGUAAAGUCUUCUACGCCACCUCCCCGGAGAAGUUCAGCUUCCCAGAAGCUGCAGAGAAAUGCCACCGCCUCGGCGCUCGUUUGGCAACCACGGGAGAACUGUACUUGGCCUGGAAGGAUGGGAUGGAUGUCUGCAGCGCUGGCUGGCUGGCGGACCGCAGCGUCCGGUACCCCAUCAACAAGGCGCGCCCCACCUGUGGUGGCGGCCUGGUCGGGGUGCGCACCGUGUACCUCCACGUCAACCAGACAGGGUAUCCUCACCCCCAUUCCCGCUAUGAUGCCAUCUGCUACGCUGGUCGCAACUUGGACACGAUCAUCCAUGAGAACUUCACCGACGAGAUAAUUGAUGAACUGGGCAGUGGCUUCACCAUCCAGACAGUCACUGAGACAGAUGUUGAACUGGAAUUCACACGCAAUGCCACUGAGGAGGAGGCCCGAGGCAGCAUUGCAACCUUGGAGCCGAUAGACUUUACCGCCUCGGAGGUAGACGAAGGUUUCACAGCAACACCAGAUCUCUUUGUUACUAGCUUCGUUGAAGAGGCAGAGAACAGGACAGAUGUGGGGAUCUGGGAGGAUCUAGAAAAUGCCACCUUCUCGCUCCUAGAUGCUCUUCCCACCACCGAUACCCUGGAGGUGAGCUCGGUGGAAGACAGCUUGUGGACUACCUUCACGCCAGGACUAGAAUCCACCUUGCCGUUUACCGGGGAAGAUCAAAUUGUGCCGGGAACAGCUGCUCCUGAUAUUGGCCUCAUUCCUGGGCAACCCAUUUCUCCCGCAGGUGUCAUCUUCCAUUACCGGCCAUCCACCAACAGGUAUUCCCUGACUUUCGUCAAAGCUCAGCAAGCUUGCCUGGAUAAUAAUGCUGUGAUUGCCACUCCCGAACAACUGCAGGCAGCCUAUGAGAAUGGUUAUGAUCAGUGUGAUGCUGGCUGGCUGAGGGACCAGACGGUCAGGUACCCUAUUGUGGUUCCACGGAGCAAAUGUGAAGGAGACAAAGAUGACAUCCCAGGGGUACGUACAUAUGGCAUGCGCCCAGCAUCUGAGAUGUUUGAUGUCUACUGCUAUAUUGAGAGACUGAAUGGUGAGGUCUUCUUCGCAACACAACCAGACCAGUUCACCUUACAGGAAGCUCAAGAAUACUGUCAGAGCCAGAAUGCCACACUGGCUUCAACUGGUCAACUCUAUGCAGCCUGGAAGCUGGGUCUGGAUAACUGCCGGGCUGGCUGGCUGGCUGAUGGCAGCCUUCGAUAUCCCAUUGUUCACCCACGUCCUGCGUGUGGUGGGGAGAAGCCUGGUGUGAGGACCACCUACCUGUACCCCAAUCAGACGGGAUUCCCUGAUCCUCAGUCAAAGCACCAUGCUUUUUGUUUCAGAGCUCAACCAUCUCAGUAUGAGGGCAUAGAGGAAGAGCUCAUUGCAGCCCAACUAGUUCCUGGGGUCGAGGAAGUCCCUUCUGGGGAGGAAACAACUGUGGAAAUGGAGUUUGCCACUGAUUCUGAAAAUCAGACCGAGUGGGGAACAGAAGUAUUUCCAACAAACAUAUCAUUGUUGUCUGUGAUUCCAUCAGCCGUUGCUCCUAUUGAUGCCAUACCUGGUGAAACAAGUGCAGAAGCUCCAAUCACACAAACAUCUGCUUCUGGGUGGACAUCUGGAGCUCCAGAUACAAGUGGAAUGUAUGAACCUAGUGGAGAACCCUCUGGAUUUGGAGAAAGCGGGUUUCCUUCCGGAGCCACAGAUUUCAGCGGACUCCCUUCUGGUGAGAGUGGCCUACCAUCAGGAGACAUAAGUGGCCUGUCUUCCGGUGUUAUUGAAGUCAGCAUUUUACCUUCUGGAGAUGAAGAACUGACAUCAGGGAUUGGCUCAGGAAUCCAAGAGCAAGUACCUGGACUUCAAGAAGGCAAGGGGGUUCCAGAAAUCAGUGGGUUGCCUUCUGGAUUCAGUGGAGAUGGUUCUGGUGUGGACCUUUUCAGUGGCUUACCAUCUGGAGAGUAUGAUUACAGUGGUCUCCCAUCUGGAUUUCCUACCGUGUCCCUUGUCAAUGCCACAUUGGUGGAAGUUGUCACCACAGCAACGGACAAGGAAGUUGAAGGGAAAGGAACAAUUGGGGUCAGUGGAGAUGGAGACUUGUCAGGGUUGCCCUCUCCUGGAUGGGACAUGAGUGGCAUAACCAGUGGGUUACCCUCAGGAUUUGAUGUCAGUGGAAUACCUGACAUCAGUGGGUUUUCCUCAGGACUUGAUAUCAGUGGGGAGCUGCCUAGGAUACCUGAUUUCAGUGGAUUACCAUCCGGACUUGACGCUAGCGGACAACCAUCUGGCCUACCAGAUAUUAGUGGGUUGUCCUCAGGAAUUGACUUCAGUGGGGAACAUUUUGGGAUACCUGAUAUAAGUGGCUUUGUGGACUUAAGUGGUCAAGCUUCUGGUACUGAUGGAAGUGGCGAGCCUUCAGGGGUUACCUUCAUAGAUGCCAAUUUGUUUGAAGUGACAACUCCUUCAGCUAAAGAAGAAGAAGGCAAAGGAUUUAUAGAAAUGAGUGGGUUGUCUUCAGGAGAUGAAGGUCUAUCAGGCACAGUGUCUGGAAUGUUAGAUGUGAGUGGUCAGCCUUCUGGCCAAAUAGACUUCAGUGGGUGGACUUCAGGAUCUCAUGAAAUUAGUGGACUUCCAAGUGGACUAACAGACAUUAGUGGGGAAAGUUCUGGUGUUGGUCUCACCAGUGGCUUGUCAUCUGGAAUUUACGAUUACAGUGGGCUCACGUCUGGGUUUCCCACGGUCUCCCUUGUGGAUACAACUUUGGUGGAAGUUGUAACACAGCCAUCAGUUGCCCAGGAAUUUGGAGAAGGGACAUCUGGGGUAUUAGAAAUCAGUGGGUUUCCUUCAGGAGAUAGGGAGGCAUCUGGAGAACCAUACGAUGUCACAACUGUUAGCGGUUAUCCAUCAGGAACAACUGACAUCAGUGGAACAUCAUCGGGUGUUUCUUAUUUUAGUGGAGAAAUUGCUGGUGUCACUGACCUAAGUGGAGAGUCUUCAACUGUAGCUGGUACUAGUGGUGAUGCCUCUGGAAUCCCAGAAAUCACCUUAGUAACUUCUGAUCUUAUAGAAGCUGUGACAAGCCCUGCAGUUUCACAGGAAAUGGCUGGUGGAACAGAGGCCACGCAUCCCCAUUUUUCUGAAUCAAGUGGGGAAACCUCCACGACUGGUGAAGAGACUUCUGCAUAUCAUGAAAGUACCAUAAGCCCACCUGAAUAUCAUGAUAUUAGUGGUGAAACAUCCACAUUUCAUGAAGCCGGUGUAGAAACAUCUACUUUUCAUGAAACCAGUGGUGAGAUAUCCACAUUUCAUGAAGCUGGUGUAGAAUCCUCAACUGUUCAUGAAACCAGUGGUGAGAUAUCCACGUUUCAUGAAUCUGGUGUAGAAUCCUCAACUGCUCAUGAAACCAGUGGUGAGAUAUCCACAUUUCAUGAAGCUGGUGUAGAAUCCUCAACUGUUCAUGAAAUCAGUGGUGAGAUAUCCACGUUUCAUGAAGCUGGUGUAGAAUCCUCAACUGUUCAUGAAACCAGUGGUGAGAUAUCCAAUUUUCAUGAAGCUGGUGUAGAAACUUCCACCAUUCAUGAAACAAGUGGUGAAGCAUCAGCAUUACCAGACAGCCACCCUGAAAUGCCAACUCUUUAUGAAACAUCAGCAUUGCCUGAAAGCCAUACAGAAACAUCUGGAGUACCUUAUUUCAGCGGAUUGCCCUCUGAGGCACAUGAAGAAAGAAGCCAGAUUCAUGGGGAUAGUUCUGGGCCACCCCCUGACCCUGCCUCUGACAUUCCAGAGAAAGCUCUGCUGCCAGAUAGUCUACCAGGAACCAGUGAACCAGAUGCUGAAUUAACUGCAUACUCCAAACAUCUAGAAGAAGGCCAGGUUGAAACAGAGGCCUAUACACACAAAAUACCAGGUUCAGAAACAGAAGAUAUAGCUUUUCCAGAGAUUCCACCAACACCUCUGACUACCACUGAUGUCCUGCCUGAAGUUUCACCAGAGGUUACAGGUGAGACAGAAUCUACUACACAAGUUAUGCCCAAGACAUGUGAAGAGAAACCAUGUGGUGCUGGAACCUGCCAAGAACAAGAUGGGAGCAUCACUUGUGUGUGCCCACCUGGGUAUAUGGGUGAUCGCUGUGACAUAGACCUUGAUGAGUGCCACUCCAGCCCCUGUCUGAAUGGAGCUACCUGCAUCGAUGGCAUCCACACUUUCAAAUGCUUAUGCCUUCCCAGCUACGGAGGGGACCUCUGUGACGUUGAUCUGGCAGAAUGUGAAGCAGGCUGGACCAAAUUCCAAGGCAACUGUUACAAGCACUUUGAAGAAAAGCACACGUGGGUGGAUGCUGAGAACCUCUGCCGAGAGCAUCAGUCUCACCUGAGCAGUAUCAUCACUCCUGAAGAGCAGGAGUUUGUGAACAACAACGCUCAAGACUACCAAUGGAUUGGCCUUAGUGACAGAGCGGUUGAGGAUGACUUCCGCUGGUCUGAUGGGCACUCCCUUCAAUACGAGAACUGGCGGCCCAACCAACCCGAUAAUUUCUUUGCCAAAGGAGAAGAUUGCGUUGUAAUGAUCUGGCAUGAGAAGGGAGAGUGGAACGACGUCCCUUGCAACUACCACCUCCCAUUCACGUGCAAGAAAGGAACAGUUUCCUGUGGAGACCCACCCGUGGUUGAGAACGCCAGGCACUUCGGAAAGAAGAAAGACCGCUAUGAGAUCAACUCCAUGGUGCGGUACCAGUGCAAUCAGGGCUACAUUCAGCGCCAUCUGCCCACCAUCCGGUGUCAACCCAACGGGCACUGGGAAGACCCAUGGAUAGCCUGUAUUGAUCCCUCCACCUACAAGCACAGACUACAUAAGAGGAGCGCAAGGACUCGAUCAAGGACCAAUGGAGGAAUGGCACAGAGACCCACCCAUUAAAGAGGAGCCGGAGAGAGGAGAUAAGAGAAAGAGAGAGAUUUUAUGGAACAGUUAUAUUAACAGAUUCGAUUUCUUCUUGUUGCUUUUUUGUUGUUGUUAUAUAAGGGGAAAAAUAUAUUAAAGAAAAAUCCACCUUGUGCAUAUGUAAAAAGAGAGAGAGAGAGAAAAAACUUUUGCAAAACAGCAAAGCAAAAGCUUUUUUUUUUUUUUUUUACUAACCGUCUAGAUCCAAUUAUCUUUGUGCCUUUUCGGGGAAGGGGGAUGGAGAGGGUCGCAAGAGGGUGAGGGUUAAGUUAAAUAAUAAAGAAGAUUUGCUAUUUUUUGUGGGGGAGGUCCUGGUUUUAUUCACAGGCCAUGUAAUUAUUUAAUCUGCAGGGUGGACAAGACUCUCUCUUUUUCUUUUGUAAGCCGUUGUGUUUCUCCUUCCCUGUCACACUCAGCUUCUUCCCACUGUUGCAGCUUACCUUGUAGGGUUCAGAGGGAGCCAUGGGAAUGUGUAAAUCGAGAGAGAGAGAGAGAGAGAGAGAGAGAGAGAGAUGAAAUGGGCUGAAUCUUUUCAAUGAGAAAGGAAUGGAAAAGAGGAUUUCCGCCUCUCCCAGGGAGGUGGGGGAAACAGCCAUUGCUCGUUUGGAUAUGUCAAUUCUUUUAAAUAAAUGCAAGAUGUAAAAUAACGUGUGGAGGCUGAAAUUAACCAGAACAUCAGACUAGCCAGAGUGGCAUUCAUAUAAAGAAUGAAGGGCAGAGUUAAAAGCUGGACCUCUGAGGCUGCUUUGGUUCUUGUCAGUUUCUAGCUACUCUUGGUCAAUUUCUCCCCCCCCCCAUUUUUAUUUUUAUUUUUAAACUUUAAAGUUGCGUGAAGGAAAUGAGAGAGCAAAUGACUGGAGCAACAAGAUUCAAGCCUUGAUACUGACAAUUGGCAAGCCAGCUUCAUAUAUAUACACCUAUGAAUAUGAAUCAACCUUAGUGGGUCAUUCCAGAGAUGCCCCCUCAAGUCCCAACAUGCUGAAUGAACAGAGGCAACGUCUGUUUUCCAUCCGCUGUGUGAAUGAAUGUAACCACUUUGUAAGCUGUUCGUCUGUAUCAUCCUGUCAAGGUGUUGAUCAUUGGGCCACACUCUUGGAUCCCCAGAAUUUUGUUGAAACAAAAGUGUAGUUGAAACAAUACUUGACAAGAAGUUACAGAGGUGCAACUUGUGGUCAGUUACCAUGUUGGUCAGUGGUCAUCUGUAUGAACUUCCUAGCUGUUGCGAAGUUCUUAAGCAGGGCAUAGGAAGCUGUCGUACCCAGUUGGGCCAUAGGUCCAUCAAGCACAGCAUCAGGGUUUCCCAAACUUGGGUUGCUAGCUGU